CCAAAUCAUGGUGACCGUAUUCAUAAUUCCCAUCAUUGCUCUAAUCCAUGGACAUCAUUCUCAGGCUGUCAUAGACAUGAAGAGACAACGGUUAAGCAGCCGAAGCACAACUUACAAUCAGACGUUGAUCCGCUAUACCACCAAAGUUUUGGAUACGAUUUUGUUGAAUCAAGACAAGAAUUUUCGACCCGUGAAUCCUGACAACUCUCCACUUCAAGUUGAAGUUGACAUUUCGAUCCGAUCAAUGGGUCCAGUUUCAGAGCAGAAUAUGGAAUUUUCACUGGAUUGCUACUUCCGUCAAAAGUGGCUCGACAGACGUCUCGCGUUCACCCCAAUCAAUCCUUCCAAACCCGAAAUUCCACUGGCCAGCAAGAUGCUAAAAGACAUUUGGAUACCGGAUACAUACAUUAGAAACGGACGAAAAUCAUAUUUACAUACACUAACGGUGCCAAAUAUUCUAUUCAGAGUACGGUCAGAUGGUCAGGUUCAUGUUUCACAAAGACUAACAAUCCGCUCCCGUUGCCAAAUGUUUCUGAAAAAAUUCCCGAUGGAUACACAAGCAUGCCCAAUUGAAGUUGGAUCACUUGGAUACUUUUCAAAGGAUGUAGUGUACAAAUGGAAGGAUGUUGAGCUGGACGCAAAAAUGGGCAACACGUUGAGCCAGUAUCAAGUAUUGUCACUAUCAAAAUCGGAGAGGAAUGUUUCGGAUUUUAGGUUCUCCGAUCGAAACAUCUCUGUUCUCAAUGUAUACUUCAAACUACAACGUCAACAAGGCUACUAUAUCCUUCAAAUCUAUACGCCGUGCACAUUGGUAGUUGUCAUGUCAUGGGUAUCAUUCUGGAUUAAUAAGGAAGCAUCGCCAGCUAGGGUCUCAUUGGGAAUUAUGACUGUGCUGUCAAUGUCCACAAUUGGAUUUGGUCUGCGGACGGAUUUGCCGAAAGUUUCACAUUCUACAGCACUGGAUGUCUAUAUUUUAACCUGUUUCGUCUUUCUUUUCGCUGCAAUGGUGGAAUAUGCAGUGAUAAAUUAUGCGCAAAUUGUAUAUAUUCGGAAACAAAUUCACGACUUAAAAGGUCUCGAGCAGAAUACCGCGAUGGGCCAAAUGUUCACAGCAGGUCUGAUGGGAGCCCGCCGCCGUGACACGAUUCAGGUGGACGAUCUGACUGUGGAGAAGGAAGAAGCUCGGCUUAAAGCAGUUCCAUGGUGGAAGAAACUGUGUUUUAAGGAUGAACAGGGAAAUACUUCAAUGUUCUACCGUAUGGCUGUGAAAGCAGCAAUUGCCAAGAAAACUUUGAGGAAUGGAGAUCCGGCUGAGGUCGUCAACAAAAUCGAUAAUUUCUCGAAACUGGCAUUUCCGACGCUGUACAUCAUAUUCAAUGUAUUUUACUGGGUUGCAUAUCUACAUCUGAUCCCCGAUGAAAUCGAUAGUCUGCCGAAUAUUGCUGGUGGAUUGUAUUGAUUUUUUUAAACAUUGAAGUAAUAAUAAUAAUAAUAAUAGUGAUAAUAAACUUGUGAGAAAAA